CUCUUUCCACUUGUUUUCAUGCUAAACAAACAAAGCAAAGUCCCUAGAGGUUAUCGUCUUGGGGUUUAUGGCAAUUCCAAUCUCAGCUAACGAGGUUUUGCGGCAAUUUUCACACUCCAUAGUUAACCAAAAGCUUCAUUCAACCAUGCCACCACCACCCCUUGUUUCUCUGUAGCUUCUUCAUCCAUCCAUGGACAUUCUCAACUUUCCAAUCCCCACUUUCUGCAACCCCAAAACUCUCAACCCAUCAAGCCACACCAUAGCUACCUACCCAUUUCGGAGAAACCCGUUUUCACUCUAUAUAUCAAGUUCCAGCUCCAGAAACUUUCGAACUCUGGCCCAGUUUGGCCGACCCACCAACCGCCGCAACUCGCUCAGGAAGAAGCUUCUUCAGGAUCAGCAGGUGAGUACUAAUCAUAUUCCCACUGACCCAUCUUCUGUUAAUGGUGUGGAAGAGAGUGAUACAGGUUUUCAAGGGGUUUCUGUUGUUGACAAUGUGGUUGAAGUAGAAAAACCAAAAUCUAAAGUUUUGGGUGAGUCUGUUUUGUUGAGUAAAUUGGAGAAUUGGGUUGAGCAGUUUAAGGAAGAUAAUGGGUAUUGGGGGAUAGGGUCUGGUCCUAUAUUUACUGUUUAUCAGGAUUCAUCUGGUGCUGUCAAAAGUGUGUCAAUUGAUGAAGAUGAGAUAUUACUGAGAUGCAGGGUUGGGAGAGGUGUAAUUGAGGAUUCCCCUGAAGUGGGAAGUAAGAUUAUGGAAGCGAAGAACCUGGCUAGGGAGAUGGAGACUGGUAAUAAUGUGAUUGCCAGGAAUAGUUCUGUAGCUAAGUUUGUGGUUCAAGGUGAGGAGGAGGGUGGUUUUGUUAAGGCGAUUCGUGGCUUUGUCGUUCAGCCUAGAUUGCUUCCUAAGCUUUCAGGGAAUGGCGGCAAAGUGUUGUGUGUCUUGGUUGUCCUGUGGGCGGUGAAGAAAUUGUUUGCUUUUGGAGAUAAGGAGGCGCGGCACACAGAAAUGGAGAAGGAGAUGAUGAGGAGGAAGAUCAAGGCAAGAAAGGAGAGAGGGGUGUUGGCAAAGGGCGUUGUUGAAGUUAUUCCUGAACCUUCGGAGACACCCGUGGUAAACAUAAAAAAGCCAACGUUAGAUAAGGAACAGCUCAAGAAUAAUAUUCUGAAAGCUAAGGCUUCCACUGAUAAACUUUUAGUUCAGGAUUCAUCUGCUGAAGUGAGAACUGGAUCUAUGGAUAUGGACAAUAAAGUUCAAGAAAUUAGAGAAAUGGCAAGGCAGGCACGAGAAAUUGAGGGACGAGAUCGUUCUUUAGUUAGCAGGGAUAUGGAAAUGAAUGACCCUGUGAUUGAGAAACCAUCCCAUGAGAUUGAAGUCAUAAGAAAGGAUAACAAACAAGAUAACAGUUUGAGUGAUCAUCAGAACAAAGUUGCAAGGGAAACAACAGAUAAUAAUGCAAUUCUAAUGACAGGUGCUGUUGAUGUCACUGAGAAAAUUGAUAAUCCAAUUCUGCAUGAGGUAGUUCCUUUUGAUGAAAGCAAUUUGUAUGCUUCAGAUGGUGAUAGGGAAAUCAAUAAACAUGUAGUAAAAACUACUGAAAAUGCUGUGCACCUGAAGGACAGAGAAGAUAGCAAGUCAUCUAAUACUCAUAUCAAUGGCUCUUCUGUGACAGAUGGAAGUUCUACGGACAAGAAACCAAGGAUAAUACGCUCUGUUAAGGAAGCUAGGGAUUAUCUUUCGAAGAGACAUGACAAACUAGAUCCUGAUACAGGACCUAAAAUUGAACCCGUGAAAGAAAAUAUUGCUGAUUUGAAGUCUUCUAGUGUUAUUGAUUUUAAUGACCAGAGGUACCAGAAUUUGGAGAUGAACACAAUUGUGUCCAAAAGUGAAACGUUUAAAGAAAUAUCAGAUUUUAAGCCUGCUAUAAAUGGUAGUGAAGGUUCUAAUCACAAGGAUAUGGAACUGAGCCCCACGAAGAAUGACUGCUUGAAAGAUUCUGGUAUUGAACCAGGACUUGAUGACCUUCAAAAGUCUGAGACCACUUUAGACGAUAAAGUUGAUGGCCCUGGUAUGGAGAAAAAUAUCCCUGAAGUUGAGCCUGUAAUUAAGCAAAUUAGAAGUGAUGCUUUUAAUGGAAUAUCAGAUUCUAAGCCUUCCAUAAAUCCUAGUGAAGAUUCUAAUCAGAAGGAUGUUGAGUUUGGCUCAACAAAGGAUGACUACUUCGAAGACUCUGGUGUUGAACUUGGAGUGGGAGACCUUCAAAAGUCUGAGUCCAGUUUAGACCAUGAAGUUAAUGGUGUUAAUACUGCAAACAGGCUAUCUGGGAAAACAGAAAAUUGGCUGGAGGAAAACUUCCAUGAAGUUGAGCCCAUUAUUAAGCAAAUUAGAGCUGGAUUUAGAGAUAACUACAUGGAAGCAAGAGAGAGGGUUGAUCAACCUUUAGAUAUACCCACCGAGAUGGAAUCACUUGGAGUUGUUGAAGAUGGAGGAGAACUUGACUGGAUGCAGGAUGAUCAUCUUAGAGAUAUUGUCUUUCGUGUCCGUGAGAAUGAACUGUCUGGACGGGACCCAUUUUACUCGAUGAGUGCUGGAGAUAAAGAAGCUUUCUUUAGAGGUCUUGAGAAAAACGUGGAGAAAGAAAAUAGGAAACUUUCACACCUCCAUGAAUGGCUCCAUUCCAAUAUUGAGAAUCUUGAUUACGGAGCAGAUGGCAUUAGCAUAUAUGAUCCGCCAGAGAAAAUCAUACCUCGUUGGAAAGGCCCCCCGGUGGAGCAAAUUCCGCAGGUCCUAAAUGAAUUCCUGGAUAAAAGAAAGGCAAAUUCCACCAGAAAUAUGAAACCAGUGAUGAAGGAUGAGAAUAGCUCUGCUAAAAAAUCAGCUGAUUCCUCUUUACAAGGAAAAAAGAAUGAUUCUAUAGCACCUAUUACGAAGUUGAAAAAUCCAAAGACUGUUAUUGAAGGAAGUGAUGGUUCUGUUAAAGUUGGCAAAAAAUCAGGGAAGGAAUAUUGGCAGCACACAAAGAAAUGGUCUCAGGGUUUUCUGGACUCUUACAAUGCAGAGACAGAUCCUGAAAUUAAGUCUACAAUGAAGGAUAUUGGGAAGGAUUUGGAUCGCUGGAUAACUGAAAAAGAAAUAGAGGAAGCAGCUGAACUAAUGGACAAACUACCGGAUAGGAAUAAAAGUUUCGUGGAGAAGAAACUCAACAAGCUUAAAAGAGAGAUGGAGUUAUACGGACCUCAAGCAGUGGUUAGCAAAUAUCGUGAAUAUGCAGACGAUAAAGAAGAAGAUUACUUAUGGUGGUUAGAUCUUCCAUAUGUACUGUGCAUUGAGAUGUACACCAUUGAUGAUGGAGAACAGAGGGUAGGAUUUUAUUCACUUGAGAUGGCUGAAGAUCUUGAAUUGGAGCCUAAGCCAUAUCAUGUGAUUGCUUUCCAAGACCCUGGUGACUGUAAAAGCCUUUGUUACAUAAUUCAGGCUCAUAUGGAUAUGCUUGGAAAUGGCAAUGCCUUUGUUGUUGCGCAGCCUCCUAAGGAUGCUUUUCGAGAUGCUAAAGCAAAUGGGUUUGGUGUUACGGUCAUCAAGAAGGGUGAACUUCAGCUCAAUAUUGACCAACCACUGGAAGAAGUGGAGGAACAAAUUAAAGAGAUUGGCAGCAAGGUGUAUCAUGAUACGAUCACGAAGGAGCGAUCUGUGGAUAUAAACUCACUAAUGAAGGGUGUAUUCGGGCUAAAUGACCGCACCACCAAGAGGCUAAAGCGGAAGUUGAAGAAACCCAGAAAGGGAUGAUGACUCUCAAACUUUCAACAAUGAAACCAGAUGAAGACAGUGAAAGUCCUAUGCUUCAGUCGUCGAACAUGAAGCAUGCAUGCCCGCCUUUUUUCUUGGUCUAAAGGCAUGCAUGAUUUUUCAAAACAGUUUUUCCUUGCUCCAUUAACACUUACGGGGCAAUAUGGCAUGAGAAGUUUGUACGGUUCAAGAAAAUGGCCAUGCCUGAAUGUUGGCAUGUGAUAUCAUCAGUCAAAACUUCGAGUCUCGGUUUUUCCUACCCAAAUUCCAGUUGUAUGUAUAUGUAUAUAUUUGAGGAAGAUAUAGUUGUAACCUUGUUACAUUAGGCGCACGUAAGCUACUGCUGGUGAUAGGUAGACAAAAGAAAGUAAGAAGUGAAGCUUCUAUUGUUAUUAUUAUUGGCACUAAAGAUGCUUCUAUUGAUAAUGAAAUGUGAAAGAGAAACCACAUUUUUUUAUGAC